AUGAAGUUUCAACCCAUCCGCACGCUAUGGGGUGUUGAACCCGGAGAGAACAUGGAAAACUGGGAUAAGCUCUUUCCUGAGCUCAAGCAAAUAGGUUUUGAGGGUAUCGAAAUUGAUGUUGCAAACCUGAAGAGUACUUCCGAAUAUCAGGCUCUUCGGACACUCGCCGACAAGCAUGGGCUAGUCAUCACGGCACUUAUGUUUAGUGAAUGGCCACAAACUGCCGGGCCACGUCCAAAGGGUCUCACGGUGGCAGACCACCUCAAGUUUUACCGCAAGACACUCCAAGAUGUGGCAAUUCUCAAGCCCAUCAAGGUAAACGUACACUCCGGCUCUGACGUUUGGACCUAUGACCAGUCCGUGGAGUUCUACAAGGCAACCUUUGCUAUUGAUGAGGAGCUCGGUUUCGCCGGAAAAGUGUGCCACGAGACGCACAGGAACAGAUCCCUCUACAGCCCACAAGCAACCGAUUACAUCCUCAGCCGAGUACCAAAUUUGCGCAUCACGGCGGAUAUCUCGCACUGGGUCGUGCUGUCUGAACGUCUACUAGAUGCCAAUGAGGAAGACCGUGACCUUUUAGAGAGAGUAUACCCCAAUGUCGAUCAUAUUCACGCCCGCAUUGGCACUACUCAGGCCUCGCAGUGUCCUGACCCGACGAACCCCGUCUUCAAGGAAGAGAGGGAAUUCUUUGAGCGCGCGUGGCUGCGCAUCCUAGAGCUGCGGCUACAGAAGAACGACCUCAGUACCGUGACAUUUGUGCCUGAAUACGGCCCGUUCCCAUACCAUCCAAUCAACUCUACGCACACGUUUGAUGCUGUGGCCAACAGUGAAGCCACUCGUCUCUUUGGGGUAUUCAAUGCAUUCGUGGCUAGCAAGCAGAAAUCAUAG